AUACAUGUGUUUAGAAUUUAUUUUUUGUCGGCGCCCUAAUGUUUCUAAUUAAUUACAAAUUUAAAUUAAAAUGUUUGUGCUAGCAGAAAUGAAAGAUGUAAUACGGGUUACGCCCGAACACUUUCAUCAAAAUUUAUCAGAAUCCAUCACUACGUUACUAAAUAGGAAAUUAGCAAAUAAGGUUGUUUUAAAUGUAGGCCUAUGUAUAGCGCUAUUUGAUAUCACACAUAUCGGACAUUCAUACAUAUUCCCUGGAGAUGGGUCUUCACAUACUGAAGUCAAGUUUAGGUAUAUAGUAUUCAGGCCAAUGAUUGAAGAAAUACUGACAGGCAAAAUUAGGAGCUGUGGUAGAGAAGGCGUACAUGUUACAUUAGGAUUUUUUGAUGAUGUGUUGAUACCUGUAAAUGCUCUGCAGCACCCAUCCAGAUUUGAUGAGACUGAGCAAGCUUGGGUGUGGGAGUACCCUAAGGAAGAUGGAGAAAAACAUGACCUUUUUAUGGAUGCAGGUGAAACCAUCAGGUUUAGGGUAACAAGUGAAGCAUUUGAAGAGAGCUUACCAACUGGACCGCCCGGCUCCGACUGCCCAGUCCAAACAGUGGCUCCUUACAAAAUAGUUGGUUGCAUCAAUGAACCGGGACUCGGCCUGCUGACAUGGUGGGAAGCACCUGAAGCUGAUGAUGAUGGUGAUGAAAAUGAAGAAGAAAAUCAGGAAUAAACUAUUGUUUA